AUGUUGGUCGCUCACUCUAGCGGCCCUACCCUCUCCAUCGAGCGGAAGCAAGCAGCAGCAUCUACCCCGUCAACCAUGAAUAGCCGACUUUUCAACAAGCUUGAUACCAUCCAUCAAAUUGAAGAGGCUCACAUCCUUCAUCUGUCACGCCAGGUGGAAGUUGGCAAGCAAUUAUUCCCACAUGAAAACAUCAGUCUGCACUCCGUCGCCGGAGGUGGCGUCGCCGCUCUCACCACGCCCCAUCUGGGCCAACAAUUAAACCGCACACUGGGACUUGGGAUGAAAGGCAGAGUCACCGAAAAUGAUCUGGCCGAUAUUGAAGCCCUUCAUACCGCUGCAAACCUGACACCUUGUAUCUUGCUCUGUCCCUACGCCGACCAAAGCGUUAUUCAGGCAGUGGCUAUGCGCAGCUAUGUGGUUGAAGGAUUCCUCAACAUCUACGCUCGGUCACUCCAUGAAAUACACGUCGAUUUUGAUUCCAGCCUGGAUUCCCCCGCCGAGCUUCCGUUCGGAUCAAACAUGGUUGUCUGCCGAGCGCCCGCCAAUGAUGCAGGGAUGGGGGCAUUUAUCCACGCCUCAAUUGCCGGUUUCAAAGAUGACGGUCGGUCGGACGAAGUUCUGCGAAGCCUUGCAGAGACCGCAGCAUUGAGAGGAGAUACAAACCUGUAUUUUGGCAAAAUCGACGGACAAAUCGCUGGAUGUGGCGCUAUGGCACUAAUGGAGACCAAAUACGGACGUGUCGCACAUCUCUACAUCGAUAGCACGACACCACAUUUCCGUGGCCGUGGAGUACAGCAAGCUUUGAUUCGCGCGCGCCUCAUCGAUGCGAAACGCUUAGGUUACGACUUUGCCACGAUCCACGCCAGGCCAGGCAUUGGAACCGGCCGAAAUGCCGAGAAAGAAGGAUUUGGGCUCGCCUUCACAAAGCCUAUCCUCACCAAGCGAUCAAACUAA